AUGAAGUACAUAUUAGUAUGUGGAGGAGUUAUUUCCGGUGUGGGAAAAGGUGUUAUAGCCAGCAGCAUAGGGAGGAUAUUAAAAGAAGAAGGACACCAUGUGACAAUUGUUAAAAUUGAUCCGUACUUGAAUUUUAAUGCAGGAACUUUGGGCCCUCGAGACCACGGAGAGGUGUUUGUUCUGGACGACGGAACGGAAACGGACUUAGAUCUUGGAAAUUACGAAAGAUUCCUGGGCGCCAAUUUGACAAAGUUUAACAGCAUCACCAGCGGAAGAAUGUACAGCGAGGUGAUUAAGCGGGAGAGAGAGGGCGAGUAUCUGGGAAAAACCGUGCAGGUAGUUCCCCACGUAACUGAUCACAUUAAGACAAGCAUCCGGAACGCAGCAUGUCUGCCCGUGGAGAACCACACAACACCCCCCACGAUCUGCGUGAUAGAGCUGGGUGGAGUAGUGGGCGACAUCGAGUCCAUUACGUUCAUUGAAGCCCUGCGGCAGAUGUACGUGGAGGAAGGCAGAGAGAACUUCACCGUUAUAGGCGUUGACUACUCUCUGGAGCUGAACGGAGAGCACAAAACAAAGCCCAUACAGGCCUCAGCGAAGAGAGCACGAGAGCUCGGCAUUCCGUACGAUGUCAUUGUGUGCAGAUCGCAGAAGAAGCUGGAGAAAGAGCCGCUUGAUAAGAUCGUUCUUUUCACAGGCGCAGAGAAGGUGCUGGAGAUGCCUGACUGCAAUGUGCUCGAUGUUCCCACACAGCUGUGCAACUCCACGGGGAUUCUCUCGUAUCUCAAAAAAAGACUUAUUCUUCCAGAAGCCGCUCCAAUUGAGGAGAAAGGCACUUAUUUCUUAAAGAUCACAUCGAAGAAGGAGAGAGUGUGCAAGGUGGCUAUUGUAGGAAAGUACAGCAACCACGAGGACGCGUAUCUCUCUAUUAAAGAGUCUCUCAAGUUCGCAGGGGCAAUUGACAGCCUAGCAACCGAAGUGCAGACAAGCUACUUUGAUACUUCAUCGUUCCCAGACAAAAGCAGUCUCUCUCAGCUCGACGAGUUUGACGGGAUUAUUAUACCCGGCGGAUUUGGGAGAAGAGGCGUCGAGGAGAUGGUAAUGGUGGCCAACUAUGCGAGAGUAAAUAAAAUACCCUUGCUUGGGAUCUGUCUGGGAAUGCAGGUCAUAGCCAUUGAAUACGCCAGAAAUGUGCUGAACAUCGCCAACGCAACAAGCGAGGAGAUGGUGACGGAAGAAGACAUCCACACAAUUAUCGACGAUAAGAUCAACGAUGAAAACUGCCCCACAGACAAGACAGGAUACUCGCUGAUCAUUGCAAAGAACUCAAACAAGAUGAGAAUAGGAAGGAAUGAGACAUCAACAAUAGAGGGCACACGAGUAGCCACCUUCUACGGGGCUCCUGAGGGAGGCGUUAUUUCCGAAAGGUUUAGACACAGAUACGGCAUAAAUGUGCAGUACGUCCCAGAGUUCGAGAAAAACGGGCUUAGAAUCGCAGCAAGACACAAGAACUACAUUGACGCUCUGGAGGUCUCUGAGCACCCUUUCUACUGCGGUGUUCAGUUCCACCCUGAGUUCCUCUCAAAGCCUGAGUCUCCGCGCCCGUGUUUCUCGGCCUUCCUUACUGCCUGUCUGCGCCUGUAG